GGGCGCUGCCUCAGUUAGCAAUCCGCUCAGUUCGUAGGAAGAAGUGGAAGAAGACGACGACGACGACGACAGGGGAUCGGAUGGGGCUUCGCUCACCUCAUUUAAUGUCUUCAAGCUGGUUUAAGAAGUGCUUCUUGAACGGCGAGACGAAGCGCGGAAAAGGCGCUGCGGAUCAGCAGCAGCAACCAGCAGAGGAGGGAGGCUCGCAGCAGCCGAAGCCGCCGCCAGCUCCUUUGCAAUACAGGCGGCCCAAAUUCCUGCGUGGAACUGUUUGCGCGGAGAAGUUGCCUGGGAAGCGACCCAUCUGCCUCCCCUCCCGGGACAGGCCUCUCCAGUGGAACACGGGCUAUGCCGAAACUGUCAAUGUAGAAAAAUCAGAAUUGAAUGAAGACCAAGCAACUUGUUGCCAGAUUUCUAUCAGGAAGAGACCAUUUGGGUGUGGCGAAGAGGAGGAUCAGGAAUGGCUAAUUUUGUGUUCUACUGAGUAUUUGACAGGCUAUUACUGGGCACUGUUUGAUGGCCAUGGUGGUUCAGAAGCUGCAAUUAUGGCCUCCAAUUACCUACACUGUUGCAUCAAGCAGAAACUAGAGGAUGUGAUAGAAGGCAUCACUGAAAAUAAUCCUCCGAUGCACCUCAGUGGGCAAUGCAUUUGCCAGAAUGAUCCACUGUUUGUGGAAGAAAAGAAAAUUCAUCAGGAAAAUGUGGUCAUUGGAGCUUUGGAGAGCGCCUUUCAGGAAUGUGAUAAAAUGAUAGGUCAAGAGAUUAAAGCAAGCAACCAAUCAGCAGGCUGCACUGCACUGGCUGCUCUUUAUCUGCAGGGAAGGCUCUAUGUAGCAAAUGCAGGUGACAGCAGGGUACUUCUUGUUCGAAAACGGAGCAUCGUUCCCUUGAGUACUGAAUGUACCCCUGAGACAGACAGGAAGAGAAUCCAGCACCUGGCUUUCAUGUACCCAAAGCUCCUUGCAGAUGAGUUCACACGGUUUGAGUUUCCAAGGAGAUUGAAAGGAGAUGAUGUAGGCCAGAAGGUCCUCUACAGAGAUUACUCAAUGGAAGGCUGGGGAUAUAAGACAGUAAUGAAAGAGGAUCUCAAAUACCCUCUGAUUCAUGGACAUGGGAAACAGGCUCGUUUACUAGGCACCCUGGCUGUAUCUCGAGGCCUGGGAGAUCAUCAGUUAAAAGUAAUUGAAACAAAUAUUGAAAUCAAGCCUUUCCUCUCCUGCAUCCCUAAGGUGGAAGUGUUUGACUUAACGUCAGAAAAUGUUAAUGAAGAUGAUGUCCUCAUCAUGGCAACAGAUGGCCUUUGGGAUGUUUUGUCCAAUGAAGAUGUUGCCCAAAUUGUCAGAAAUUUUCUCCAGAACAAUACAACAGAUCCUUACAGGUUUUCAGAAUUGGCCAAAAUGCUUGUGCAGGAAGCAAGAGGGAAGGAGGAUGGCUAUUACUGGAUCAAGGACAGUAAAGAGCCUGCUUCUUAUGAUGACAUUUCUGUAUUUGCAAUUCCAUUGUAUAACAAGAAUGAAUACUAAGCAAUAUGCUGCUAAAGGAGGCACAACUGCUCUUCAGAUGAUAAUGGAACUG